CCCGACCGUCCGUCUUCUUUCCAUCUCUCCCACCAAUCCAUCCAUCUCCCUCUCGCAUUCCCCUUUCAAAAGGCAUUUCUUCAUCAUGGCUGUCGAACGCAUCGGUUCCAUCAUCAAGCACCUGAACCCCGGUUCAGCAAUCAACCAAAUCCAAUCCAAGAACGCCGACGACGUUGUCAUCACUCUUGCCAUCCGAACUCCCCUCACAAAGGCCGGCAAGGGCGGUCUCAAGGACACCAGCCUCGAAUACCUCAUCUACGCCCUCCUCAAGGAGGUCAAGGAGCGCAGCAACAUCGACCCCGCGCUCGUCGAGGAUAUCUGCCUCGGUAACGUCAACGAUGGCAAGGCCGCCUACAAGCUCCGCGCUGCUGCCCUCGCCGCCGGCUUCCCAAACACUGCUGGUGCCUACUCCCUGAACCGAUUCUGCUCCUCUGGCCUCGUCUCUGUCGCCAACAUUGCCCACGCCAUCAGCUCCAACUCCAUCGAGGUCGGUAUUGCCUGCGGUGCCGAGGUCAUGUCUGCCCCUGGCGACCGCCUCGAGGCGCCCUUUGACGCUGCCGUCCUCAAGGCCAGCCAGGAGGCCGAGGACUGCAUGCAGCCCAUGGGCUGGACUAGCGAGAACGUUUCCCGCGACUUCAACAUCACCCGUGAGCAGAUGGAUGCUUUCGCUGCCGAGAGCUACCAGCGUGCUGAGCGUGCCCAGAAGCAGGGCUGGGUCGAUGAUGAGAUCGUCCCCAUCAAGACCAAGGUCAAGGGCCCCGAUGGCGAGUGGAAGGAGGUCACCGUCACCAAGGAUGACGGCGUCCGUCCCGGUACCACUGCCGAGGGUCUCAGCAAGAUCCGCGCUGCUUUCCCCCAGUGGGGUCCUACCACUACCGGUGGUAACGCCAGUCAGGUCACUGACGGAGCUGCCGCCGUCCUUCUCAUGAAGCGAUCCACCGCCGUCAAGCUCGGCCAGCCCAUCCUCGCCAAGUACGUCGGCUCUACCGUCUCCGGUCUCGCUCCCCGCAUCAUGGGCAUUGGCCCUAGCUUGGCCAUCCCCAAGCUCCUCGCUAUCCACAACCUCUCGCUCGCCGAUAUGGACGUUGUCGAGGUCAACGAGGCCUUUGCCUCCAUGGCCGUAUACUGCCGUGACAAGCUCGGUCUUGACUGGGCCAAGAUGAACCCCCGUGGUGGUGCCAUUGCCCUUGGCCACCCUCUCGGUGCUACUGGUACUCGCCAGAUCGUCACUGGUCUCAGUGAGCUUCGCCGCCAGAAGAAGAAGACUCUGCUCACCAGCAUGUGCGUGGGCACUGGCAUGGGAUGCAGUGGCAUCUUUGUCAACGAAGUUUUGUAAAUGUUCUCGGGUACGAUAUAAUGGCGCUGUUUUCUUAUGUUUAUUUAUGCAUUCUUGCAAAAAGGAAGCGAGUUUAUAGUUUAUUGUAAAAAUGGUUCAAUUGAAACUUUUUGUUAUAUAUAUAAUCCAUAAUGCAACAUGUGUGAACUUUGUGGAGAGUUACAAUUCCUACACGGUGCAAGGACAAUUGAAUGUUGGGCGCUAUGUAAAUCUGGGCUCGUUAUAUACCAUAUCUUCAUAUGUAAAUCCAUUCCGUCUGUCUAGAGGGUUCUGUCUGUGCUUGGCUGCGACGUGGGCUCAAUGCUAUCUUCCCACUCAGUCAGGCGCAAGGCUUCAUCAACGUUGGAAACGAAAUGUGCCUCGCCGCCACAGAGAUCGAUGAUGCCACUUCGGGCCAUGGUGACAUAAACUGGGUGGCUUCUUCGAGAUGGGCCACGAGUGAAGAUGACUCGCACGCCCCGGUCACGAUAGUUGCGCACGAUUUCCUCCAAGACCUGUGUGCCAGAGCCGUCAAUAGAUGUCACGCCAUGAAUAUCAAAAAUGACAUUUCUAUUGGCUUCUUGGCUGCGGAUUCUCGGAAGGGCGGGAUGCGCCUCUGGUGUACCGUAGAGUUCGAGUCGUCGUAGUCGUGCUUUGAGCUCACCAGUGUUGGCAAACGUCAGUGGUUCUGGGAUCUUCACAAUCAAGCAUCCUUCGAUGAAUUCGAGACUGCAGUCUUCAGCUUCAGCAUUCUCAAAUCGUGUUGUUCCUGGGAUUCGUCCAAGAAUCUGGAUACGAGGACGGGUCGAGUGCUUGAUGACAAAGAGAAGUGAAAUACCAACUCCGAGAGCCAUGCCCAAUGUAAGAGAGUAGAAGAUGGUAGACAAAAACACAACCGCCAUCAGGCCGAGCUCAGUCCAGCCACGAAUGCGAAGGAAGAAGGAAAUGUCGUGAGGCGCUUCUUCUAUCAGCGACCAGGCUACUACCGAAAUCAUGGAACACAAAACAGGUUUCUGUAAAGCGUUAGCAAAAAGGAGCUACUGAUCGGAAUACUAUAAACUUACUGGGAGGUAGUAAAAGUAAGGAAGUAGGAAUAGGAUGGAGAGAAGGGUGAUCAAACUGAGGAAGAUUGAGCUCAUGGGAGUCUUACCGCCAGUGGUCUUAUUGACUUUGCUUCGGCCGUAGCCACCAAAGGCGGGCAAGCUCAUGAAACAAGAUCCAAUGACGUUGGCAGUUCCCAAGGCAAUCAUUUCUCGGUUAGCACUAAGCUCCAUGCCCUGAAUAUGACCACCACCGCCCAAGCUCUUUGCAGCAACGGACGAUUCGAAGAAGCCCAGAAGAGCAAUUAGGAAGGAAGUAGACAUGGCAGACCGGAUAUGGCGCAUGUGAGAAAUUUGAAACGGCCAGCGGAAGGUAAACGAGCCACCUGUCGCCGAUUUGACUUCUCCAAGAAUCGGCACACCCUGCUUGUCCCAGCGGAAAUACCAGCAUAGAACUGCAGACGCGACGACAAUCAAGAAUCGGUCAGGCACGAAGACCACGGAGGGCAUUCUUGGCUCCAACCUGCGCUUAAGCUCGCGGCAAACCAUGAUGACCAAGAAGCUAACACCGGCAACAAGAAAUGUGGCUUUAUGAGCCUUGGUAGCGUUUUCAACGAUGAAGGCAAUCUUCUCAACGCUGCUUCCAUGGCUAACUCCGGUGUCAUCUGCCAAUUGGACAAGUCCUAGUUCUGGGAUCAGCUGGUCAACAGCAAUGACGAAGCCAAUAGCGCUGAUAAAUCCGCGCAAGAAUGGUCGACUGAGCACGUUAUCCAAGAAACCGAGUCUAGCGAUACCAGCAAUGAGAACAGUCGCUCCAGCCAUACCUGCUGCAACACCGCAAAUCUGGGCAUGCAUGAGGUCAUUAUCCUCAGCACUAUCACCAUCCUUAACGCUACCUUUGACAAUGGUACCAAUAAGCAGAGAGCCGGCAGCCUCAGGACCGACGACCAUCUGCGAAGCGGAUCCAAGUAAAGCAUAGAUGAAGGGGUUGAAGACAAAGGAGUAUAAACCAUUGAUCGGAGGAACAUGUGCGAGGUUCGAAGCCAGAGAGAGGGCCAUUGGUAGGUACAUUGACGACACAGUCAAGGCCGCAACAAAGUCUCCUUGCAAAUAGGACCAUUUGUAUUGCCGAAGCCAUGUCAGACAUGGGAUGUAGUAUGAGAGGUACCUGAUUCGUUAGUUGUACGUUCAGAUACACCGACAUUCAAUUAGGCGAACUGGGACUCACAUUAAGGCACUGUCGUCAAAGCCGGCGCGCUCAGCCAACUGGCGGCUUUGGCCCAUUCGGCGCGUCUUGAUUCUCGUCUUGAGCCACCCCUUCCAGUCUUCUGCGCCACUGCCACCUGAGCCAAAGAGUCCAUCAUCGCCUGAGCGAGGAGAACCAAGUCUGCCAGGAGAGCUCUGGAAGCUGUCUAUAUGAGGUGAUGCUGCGCGCGGGCUAAAUGUGCCGUGAUCGCAGUCUCCCUCAUGUGCAGCAGAGGCUGGGAUCAGCGGCGUCGACUCGGUGACAUGUUCGUCGUCGGCGCCAUCAACGGGCAGUCUCGAGGCGGAUGGCAUAUCGCUUAGUUGACUGUCAUGGCUACCCGGUCGGCUAUUAGGCGUAUGACUUUGUCGGAGCGUACUGGGCUGCAGUGGCUGAUGAGGUUGGCUCGAGGACGAGUUGUGCGAGCUCGCCGCGGGUCUCCCUUGGCUCAUCGUCGCGAGGAUGCGUGGAGCAAGAUCAGAGGACGGUCGCGCGUUCAGCAGUCUGCCGUGCAGAAAUAUGCAAGAUAAUUACAGAGUGCGAACCGUUUCCUCUGGUGAGCGUAAUACGGAACGGCUACCAGAGUUUGGGUAACCGGACUCGUUCAACAGAGCGGUCACGGGGUACCGGGAAUGACCGUAUGCACGGCAAUCCGCAGCGUAGGAUGAGGGUCAGCGGGCUCUGUAACCUAGCCAGUUUGAGGCUGUUGUUACAGGCGGCUGUGAUAAAUUCGGUCGGCAAGAAUUGCAGCGGGCAAUGGCGAUGGCAGACCGUUGCUAGCAAAGGAAACGCGACGUGCAAAAAAGAUGUUGAUGCUCCUUGGUCCGGGGUUUUGCUGACGUCGUUGCCAAAGCAAAGGCCGCGACUGGCUAGCCCGGCCGGUGGAUCAU